AUGGCGGCCGUGGCAGCCGAGCUGGACAACAUGGACGUGCAGCAGCAGAACAACAACAGCACCUGGGAGAGCCCCGACCCCCGGGGCUGGGACGAUGCUGCCGCCACCGCCAAGCUCUUCGAGUGCUCCCGCAUCAAAGCCCUGGCCGAUGAGCGGGACGCCGUGCAGAAGAAAACCUUCACCAAGUGGGUGAACUCGCACCUGGCCCGCGUGUCCUGCCGCAUCACCGACCUCUACGCGGACCUGCGCGACGGCUACGUGCUCACCCGGCUCCUGGAGGUGCUCUCCGGGGAGCAGCUGCCCAAGCCGACGCGGGGCCGGAUGCGGAUCCACUCCUUGGAGAACGUGGACAAGGCGCUGCAGUUCCUCAAGGAGCAGCGGGUGCACCUGGAGAACGUGGGCUCCCACGACAUCGUGGACGGCAACCACCGCCUCACCCUCGGCCUCAUCUGGACCAUCAUCCUCCGCUUUCAGAUCCAGGUGAUCAAGAUCAAGACCGAGGACAACCGGGAGACGCGCUCGGCCAAGGACGCGCUGCUGCUCUGGUGCCAGAUGAAGACGGCAGGGUACCCGGAGGUGAACAUCCAAAACUUCACCACCAGCUGGAGGGACGGGCUGGCCUUCAACGCGCUCAUCCACAAGCACAGGCCAGACCUCAUCGACUUCCACAAGCUGACCAAGUCCAAUGCCACCUACAACCUGCAGCAAGCCUUCAACACGGCCGAGCAGCACCUGGGGCUCAGCAAGCUGCUGGACCCCGAGGAUGUGAACAUGGAGGACCCCGAUGAGAAGUCCAUCAUCACCUACGUGGUGUCCUUCUACCACUACUUCUCCAAGAUGAAGGCACUGGCUGUGGAGGGGAAGCGCAUUGGGAAGGUGCUGGACCAGGCCAUGGAGAUCGAAGCCAUCAUCGAGCGUUAUGAGGCGCUGGCGGCCGAGCUGCUUGCGUGGAUCCAGCACACCAUCACCAUCAUCAGCAACCAGAAGUUCGCCAACUCCCUGGCCGGGGUCCAGCAGCAGCUCCAAGCCUUCACCGCCUUCUGCACCCUGGAGAAACCUGUCAAGUUCCAGGAGAAGGGGAACCUGGAGGUGCUGCUCUUCACCAUCCAGAGCAAGCUGCGGGCCAACAACCGCAAGCUCUACAUGCCCAGCGAGGGGAAGAGCAUCUCUGACAUCAACAAGGCCUGGACCUGCCUGGAGAAGGCUGAGCACGAGCGGGAAGUGUCCCUGCGCAACGAGCUCAUCCGGCAGGAGAAGCUGGAGCUCCUGGCCCAGCGCUUCGACCACAAGGCCGCGAUGAGAGAGACGUGGCUGAAUGAGAACCAGCGCCUGGUGUCACAGGACAACUUUGGUUAUGACCUGCCAGCAGUGGAGGCUGCCAUGAAGAAGCACGAAGCCAUCGAGGCUGACAUCUCCUCCUAUCAGGAGCGCAUCCAGGUGGUGGUGGAGCUGGCCCUGGAGAUGGAGUCUGAGGGCUACUAUGACACCAAGCGCAUCAGUGCCCAGAAGGACAAUAUCCUGCGGCAGUGGGGGUUGCUGACCGAGCUGGUUUGUGCCCGCCGGGCUCGCCUCGAGCAGAACCUGGCCCUCCAGAAGAUCUUCCAGGAGAUGGUCUACAUGAUAGACUGGAUGGAGGAGAUGCAGGUGCUGCUGGUCUCCAAGGAUUUUGGGAAGCACCUGCUGGAGGUGGAGGACCUGCUGCAGAAGCACGGGCUGCUGGAGGCCGACAUCUCUGCACAGACUGAGCGGGUGCAGGCGCUCAACACCGCUGCCCUCAAGUUCUCAGAGCUGGAGGGCUACCAGCCCUGCGACCCCCAGAUCAUCUGCAACCGGGUGAACCAUGUCCAGACAUGCCUGGAGGAGCUGGGGGAGCUGGCGGGCAAGAGGCGCAAGGAGCUGGAGGACUCCCGCCAGCUCUGGGCCUUCUUCCAGGAGAUGGAGGAGGCCGAGGCGUGGAUCCGUGAGAAGGAGCAGAUCCUGGCCGCCAAGACGUGCGGCCGGGACCUGAGCAGCGUGCUGACGCUGACCAGCAAACACAAGACGAUGCUGGGCGAGCUGGGCAGCCGGCGGGCGCUGCUGCACCAGACCAUGAAGCGAGGGGAGCAGAUCCUGGCCAAGAAGUGCUUCAGCCCCAGCGGGAUCCAGGAGAAGAUCCGGGAAGUGCGCCUGCGUUGGAAGAAGCUGGAGGAGGUGACAGGGCUGCACCAGCAGCGGCUACAGGAGGCCCUGAACUUCUUCCAGUUCAGCGCCGAGACGGACGACCUGGUGGCCUGGCUGCAGGACACCUACCGCAUUGUGUCCAGCGAUGACUUCGGCCACGACGACUACUCCACCCAGGCGCUGCUGCGCAAGCACCGGGCUGUGGUGGAGGAGGUGGAGAAGCACCGGGCAGCCGUGCUGGCCCUCCGCAAGCAGCUGGCGCUGCUGGCGCCCGAGCACCAGCAGGGCGUCGACGUGCAGAUCCGCAUCGUGGAGGUGGAGCAGCUCUACGGGGAGGUGGCCGAGGUGGCCGUGCUGCGGCAGCAGUGGCUGCAGGACGCCCUGGCCGUCUACCGCAUGUUCAGCGAGGUGCACGCCUGCGAGGUCUGGAUUGACGAGAAGGAGCAGUGGCUGGAGAAGAUGGAGGUGCCGGAGGAGCUGGACGACGUCGAGGUGGUGCAGCACAGGUUCGAGAGCCUGGACCAGGAGAUGAACAGCGUCAUGGGCCGGAUCCUGGAUGUGAACCAAGUGGUGCAGCAGCUGGUGGAUGGGGGCCACCCCAGCGCGGACGAGGUCCGCUCCUGCCAGGACCAUCUCAACAGCAGGUGGAAUCGGGUGGUGGAGCUGGUGGAGCACAAGAAGGAGCAGCUGGGCGCCAUCCUCAAGAUCCAGAACUACCUGCUGGAGUGCGGCGAGAUCAAGGCGCAAGUGCGGGAAAAGCGGAAAGCCAUCGAGGCAACGCAGUCGGGCGGCAGCGACCUGGGCGGUGUGCUGGCCUUGCAGCGGCGCCUCUCCACCAUGGAGGCGGCCCUGGUGGUGCUGGAGCCGCGGCUGGUGGAGCUGCAGCAGGAGGGCGAAGCGCUGGCGGCCGCUCACCCGGCGCGGGCCCUGGAGAUCCUGCUGCCCUUCGAGCAGAUCAGCGAGGAGUGGGAGGCGCUGAAGCAGGUGCUGCAGGGCUGCGAGGACUCGCUCACCGUGGCCGGCCACUUGCAGCAGUUCAUCCAGGACCUGGACAACUUCCUCACCUGGCUGGUGAAGACGCAGGCGGCCGUGGCUGCCGAGGAGGUGCCCAGCAGCUUGGCCGACGCCGAGCGGCUGCUGAGCCAGCACGCAGCCCUCAAGGAGGAGAUCAACGGCUACGAGGAGGACUACACCAAGAUCCAGGCGGUCAGCGACCUGCUGGCGCUGGAGGAGACAGAGAUCCCCUACCUCUCGCUCCAGCAGUGGCUGCAGAAGCUGGACGCCGGCUGGAACAAGCUGCUGCAGACGUGGGAGACACGCCGGGAGGUGCUGGUCCAGUCGCACGUCUUCCACCUCUUCCUCAGGGACGUCAAGCAAUGCGAGGCCUUCCUGUACAACCAGGAGUCCACCCUGGCCCACGCUGAGCUCCCGGACACCGUGGAAGCGGUGGGCAAUGCCAUCAAGAAGCACAAGGACUUCACCACCACCAUGGACCUCAACCUGCAGAAGAUCCAGCUGGCACUGCAAGCUGGCGAGAGCCUGCAGCGGCAGGGCAACCUCUACAGCGACCAGGUGGCUGAGAGGAUGGAGGCCCUCCGCGCCAAGAGCCACCACAACUACCAGCUGGCUCAGGAGUGGAUGCAACGGCUCAACGACCACCUGGAGCUGCAGCAGUUUCUGCAGAGCUGCCACGAGCUGGAUGGCUGGAUCGGCGAGAAGGUGCUGAUGGCGCGGGACGCGUCCCGAGACCCGGGCCAGCGGCCGCACCAGCGCUGGCUCAAGCACCAGGCGUUCAUGGCCGAGCUGGCGCAGAAUAAAGAGUGGCUGGAGAAGAUCGAGAAGGAGGGGCAGCAGCUGAUGCAGGACAAGCCGGAGCUGGCCGGCUCCGUGCAGAAGAAGCUGAACGAGAUCCGGCAGUGCUGGCUGGAGCUGGAGAGCACGACCCAGGCCCGGGCACGGCAGCUCUUUGAGGCCAACAGGGCUGACCAGCUGGUGCAGAGCUAUGUGGAGCUGGACAAGCGCCUGCUGCACCUGGAGGACCAGCUGCAAGCAGUGGGCACCGGGCCUGACCUGGCCAGCGUCAGCAACCAGCUGAAGAAGCUGCAGAGCAUGGAGUCGCAGGUGGAGGAGUGGUACAAGGAGGUGGGCGAGCUGCAGGCGCAGGCGGCCGCGCUGCCCCGCGAGGCCGCCGGCAAGGAGGAGGUGGACGAGAAGCAGAGCGCCGUGGGCACCCGCAUCGUCCGCCUCAUCGAGCCGCUCAAGGAGCGGCGGCGGAUCCUGCUGGCCUCCAAGGAGGUGCACCAAGUCAGCCACGACCUGGAGGACGAGCUGAUCUGGGUCCAGGACCGGCUGCCCCUGGCCUCCCUGCAGGAGCACGGGAGCAACCUGCAGACGGUGCAGCAGUUCAUGAAGAAGAACCAGGCACUGCGCCGGGAGCUGCAGGUGCACCGGCCCCGCGUGGACGAGGUGCUGGAGCGGGCGGGCGCCCUGGCUGCCCUCAAGAGCCCCGAGGCGGAGGCGGCGCGGCGGCUGCGCGAGCGCCUGGCCGCCGCCUGGGCCCAGCUGCAGGAGCAGGCGGAGCGGCGGCAGCAGGCGCUGGACGCCGCGUACCGCCUGGAGCAGUACUACUUCGACGUGGCCGAGGUGGAGUCGUGGCUGGGCGAGCAGGAGCUGCUGCUGAUGAGCGAGGAGAAGGGGAAGGACGAGCAGAGCACCCUGCAGCUCCUCAAGAAGCACCUGAUGACGGAGCAGACGGUGGAGAACUACGAGGAGACCAUCGCCCAGCUGUCCCGGCAGUGCCGGGCGCUGCUGGAGCUGGGGCACCCCGAGAGCGAACAGGUCAGCAGGCGGCAGUCGCAGGUUGACCGGCUGUACGUGUCUCUGAAGGACCUGGUGGAGGAGCGCAAGGCCAAGCUGGAGCAGCAGUACUGGCUCUACCAGCUCAGCCGCGAGGUGGACGAGCUGGAGCACUGGAUCGCCGAGAAGGAGGUGGUGGCCGGCUCCCCGGAGCUGGGGCAGGACUUCGAGCACGUCACGCUGCUGCAGGAGAAGUUCAUGGAGUUUGCCAGCGAGACCGGCAGCAUUGGGAACGAGCGGAUCUCGGCCGUGAACCAGAUGGUGGACGAGCUGAUCGACUACGGGCACGCGGACGCGGCCACCAUCGCCGAGUGGAAGGACGGCGUGAACGAGGCCUGGGCCGACCUGCUGGAGCUGAUGGAGACGCGGGCCCAGAUGCUGGCAGCCUCCCACGAGCUGCACAAGUUCUUCAAUGACUGCAAGGACGUGCUGUCGCAGAUCGAGGAGAAGCGGCAGCGGCUGCCCGAGCUGGCGGCCCGCGAGGCCAAGACCUCGGCCGGCACCUUGCAGCGCCUGCUCGGCGCCUUCGAGCACGACGUGGAGGUGCUGGUGACGCAGGUGCGGCAGCUGCAGGAGGGGGCGGCGCAGCUGCGGACGGUGUACGCCGGGGAGAACGCCGAGGCCAUCGCCGCGCGGGAGCAGGAGGUGCUGCGCGCCUGGAAGGAGCUGCUGGCCUCCUGCGAGGAGUGCCGGCUCCACGUGGCCACCGCCGCCGACAAGAUCCGCUUCGCCGGCACCGUGCGUGACCUCAUCUCCUGGAUGGACGGCAUCAUCUGCCAGAUCGGCACCGGCGAGAAGCCCAGGGACGUCUCCUCCGUGGAGGUGCUCAUGAACUACCACCAAGGCCUCAAGAGCGAGAUUGAAGCCCGGGGCAAGAGCAUCGCCGCCUGCCUGGAGCUGGGCAAGACCCUGGUGCUCGCCAAGAGCCCCGCGGCAGACGAGAUCAAAGCCCACGUGGAGAAGCUGGUGGCGAAGAAGAAGGAGAUGACGGAGAAGUGGGACAAGCACUGGGAAUGGCUGCAGCAGAUGCUGGAGGUGCACCAGUUCGCCCAGGAGGCCGUGGUGGCCGAUGCGUGGCUCACGGCCCAGGAGCCGCUGCUGAAGAGCCAGGAGCUGGGCAACAGCGUGGACGAGGUGGAGCAGCUCAUCCGGCGGCACGAGGCUUUCCGCAAGGCGGCUGCCGCCUGGGAGGAGCGCUUCAGCUCCCUGCGGCGCCUCACCACGAUCGAGAAGCUGAAGGCGGAGCAGAGCAAGCAGCCGGCGACGCCGCUCCUGGGCCGCAAGGUCUUCGCGGAGCCCCCCGGGGAGGGGGGCUGGCGGGCGGCCCCGCUGCCACGGCCGGCGCCGCCGGAGCGCCCCGAGCCGCGGGCUGAGCGGCCGGACCUGCUGCGCGCCCGGCUGGACGGCCGCCCCGAGCCCCGCGUCGCCUACGUGCGCCACGAGCUGCGGCCCGAGCGGCUGCAGCCCCGGCUGGACCGCGUGGCCCCGGCGCUGCCCGGGGAUGGCGGUGCUGCCCCCGAGCCUCCAGCUGCCGCGCCGGCCUCGCCGGCACCAGCACCGGCACCGGCCAAGGAGGAGGCGGCGGUGGAGGUGGCGGUGGCGGAGGCCGGGGAGGCCAGGCUGGGCCGUGGCGAGGGGCUGCUGGAGAGGCGGCGGGAGCGGCGGGAGCGGCGGCUGGAGAGGCAGGAGUCCAGCGAGCAGGAGGCGCCGCGCCACGACGGCAAGGCGAGCGGCAAGGCCACGCUGGCCGACAUCGUGGAGCAGCUCCAGGAGAAGGAGUCAACGGGCCCCAGCCCGGUGCCGGCCCUGCCCCGGGAACGGGAAUCCCCCGGCCGCCUGCCCAACAGCAUCGACAUGCUGCCCGAGAGGAUGCCGCGUCCUGACCGGCCCCGCGCCCGCGACCGGCCCAAGCCCCGGCGGCGCCCGCGGCCCAAGGAGCCUGGCCAGGCACCAGGGGAGGCGCGGCGGUCGCGGUCAGCCCCGGCGCAGAGCAGCGCCCCGCCGCCGCCGCCGCCCACCCACACUGUGCAGCACGAGGGCUUCCUCUUCCGCAAGCACGAGCUUGACGGGCCCAACAAGAAGGCGUCCAACAGGUCCUGGGUGAACCUCUACUGUGUGCUGAGCAAGGGCGACCUGGGCUUCUACAAGGACGCCAAGGGGCAGGCGUCGGGCAGCACGCACGGCGGCGAGCCCCUGCUCAACCUCCACAACGCCACCAGCGAGGUGGCCAGCGACUACAAGAAGAAGAAGAACGUCUUCAAGCUGAGGACCGGCGACGGCAGCGAGUUCCUGCUGCAGGCCAAGGACGAGGAGGACAUGCGGAGCUGGCUGAGGGCGCUGGCCGCCUGCGCCCAGGAGCACGCCGACAUCGCCCGCUGGAGCCAGGCCCUGCUCACCACCUCCUCCACCGACGAGGGCAUCCCCCGGCGGGAGGGCGACCGCCGCGCCAGCACCUCGGCGCGGCGCAAGUGAGCCCGCCGACGGAGCCGGACAGCCCCGCGCCGGGGCCGGGGCAGGGGCUGGAGCGGGUCCUGCCC